GUAAGAACUUGAGGUGCCAAUUGGUUACAUGGUACCAAGAGAAACCAAACUACUUUUGAAAGGAAUGGACUCAAGAAACCAAAGCUUCCUCUAGUUGGUGAUCCUUCAUCCGGUGAAGAAUUUGGGCAAAAAAAUGCAUCAUAUAUAGCUAUUUCAGCUCCAUCAACAUCACUACAGGAUGCCGAGUGCAGUUGUCCAUGACAUUAUUCUUCACUACAAAGAGAAGAAAAUUAGAAUUCCCAAUGUGGAUCCUGAUGAGUGUUCUUACAUAGUGCUUCUUAAUGAUGUUUAUGAAAGAGCACUUCAUGAAGUUACUGGGAAUUUUAAUUAUCUGUUACAUUUGAGAUGUGUUAUUCCAAGAAGUGGCAAAACUAUGGAUGUGAACACUGAAGUUGUUUUUGAAAUGUUCAAGAGGCAUGAAAAUGAGCUGUUUUUGGAUUGGAUGAAGAACUUUUGGAAAUGGUUCCAAAGCUAGUGCUUGCUGUGCUGUUCCUGUAUCCCAUCACGCCACAGACUGAAGAAGCAAGAAUAAAAAAAGACAGCUUGAUCAAGGAUCCUAGUGCUGGAGUAUACUUUAUGAAACAAACUGUCGGAAAUGCCUGUGGAACAAUUGAGCUUCUUCAUGCCAUUGGGAAUAUUAGUUCAGAGAUAAAUCUUGUUGAGGGCUCAUACCUGGACAAGUUCUUUAAAACUACGGCAAACAUGAACCCAGAGGAACAUGCGGCAUUCCUUGAAAAUGAUAGAGAAAUGGAAGUUGCUCAUUCUGUGGCAGCUACUGGUGGUGACACAGAGGCUAGAGAUAACGUGAACACCCACUUUAUUUGUUUCACAUGCGUGAAUGGACAACUUUAUGGGCUUGAUGGAAGGAGGUCUGGACCAGUUGCACAUGAUUCUUCCUCUUCAAGCAGCUUGUUGCAUGAUGCAGCUAAAGUUAUUCGGAAGAUGAUUGAGAAAAACCCAGAUUCACUCAACUUCAACGUGAUGGCCAUUUCAAAAAGGGUUUGAGGAGAAUAGACGAUGCAACAUGAACAUCCAUUGCUGCCAUUGAGGAGUUGAACCACUUGGCUAGGACUGUUAUUUUGCGCUAGUCAUUACAUGUAAUGACAGAAUCAGUUUUACUGGAAUUAUUAAGCCCUGG